GACGGGGUUCAGUUCAGUUCUGUUGUUUGUGGCUGGACAGACACAACACUGUUCAUGGGCUCUACGGCCUGUCCUGUCCUGAUGCCGUCACCGUAGCAAGAUGACCCUCAACACCCAGAGAGAGAAGGAGCCCCUGCAGCGGCGAGGCAGUACGCCGAUUCCUCCAGCCCACUUUUACCAGCACCCGUCCUGGACUCGAGACGCCCAGCUCCCCGGCAGCACCCAGCCCAACCCCGAGCGGCCCUGCACCCAGCGCAGCCACCCACCUCUGGGACAAUCCGCCUCCUACCACCCUGGAGACAAGUCACUCCACUACCGCGCCCAGUGGAGCUCAGACUCGGAGGACGACUCGCAGAGUGACUCGGACUGUGUUUACAGAGUGGUGCUGCUGGGCGACCACGGUGUCGGAAAGACCAGCCUCGCAGGAAUCUUCGCGGGGGUCACAGAGAAAGAUGAGCAACCCGGAGAGGACACAUACGAGCGGACACUGACAGUAGACGGAGAGGAAACCACACUCAUCGUCAUGGAUACCUGGGAGAAUGACAAACUGGAGGGCGAGGGCGGCUCCUCUCAGGACAGCUGUCUGAAGGUUGGGAGUGCUUACGUCAUUGUUUACUCCGUCACCGACCGCUCCAGCUUCGACUCUGCCUCCGAGCUCCGGAUCACGCUGCGACGAGCCCGCCAGGCCGAAAACCUUCCCAUCAUUCUAGUGGGCAACAAGAGUGACCUGGUCCGGUCCAGAGAAGUUGCUGUGGAAGAGGGCAGAGCAUGUGCGGUUGUAUUUGACUGUAAGUUCAUCGAGACGUCGGCGUCUCUGCAGCACAAUGUGACCGAGCUGUUCGAGGGCGUGGUCCGACAGAUCCGCCUCCGCCGAGACUGCAGCGAGGCCGUCGAGCGCCGACGCUCCAUCUACAAGCGCAAAGAGAGCCUUACCCAGAAGGCCCGGCGCUUCCUGGACCGACUGGUAGCACGCAACAACCAGCGCAUGGCGGUCAAAGUGCGGUCCAAGAGCUGCCACGACCUGGCCGUCCUCUGAGGACACGUGUCCACAAGGAGCGUCAGGUUGGACUUUCUUUGACUUGUUGAAGUUCUCUCUGGUUGUGAUGCCGUGGACGAUGGUGUCUGCUGUGAUUCUCACACUCAGCGAGUCGACCGCCAAAAUGAUCAGCGGCAAACCGAGUCGGCGGACGUACGUCACUGUGACCACUGUGACCAACUCGUUUUCCUCAUUAACCACUGGGUCUCCAAAUUUCCUCCAGAUGACAUAAAAAAAAAAAACGCAGAGAAAAAAUAAACAGACUGACUUCAAAUAUGGAUCAUGUCUGUAGGGUUAAAGGUUGGAUGAAUGGUCAGUUGUCUGUCUGUGUGUGUGUGUGUGU